CAGACGAGGGGAACACGUACUUAUUGAGUCGCUCGUCGAUUUGCAGUCAAAUUUUCGACGCCGAAAGAGUAACGGCAGUACGUAAGAAAGAAAACGAGAGCCUUCACAGAAAACUUAAGAUGGGAUACUUUGAUAUUCGUCUGGUCACCACCCGCCAUCUGCCGAUAGCGAUUUUAAUUUUACAAGUUCUGCCGAUAUCGGGGGCUGCCUCCAAUAACACCAGGAUGUUCAAGGCGGUUAAGAUUAAUGGAGGCGAUGCCAGCUGUUCCACACAGGGAAAAAACUACAAAUCAAUCACCUUCUCCUCAAGGCUGACGUCUGCCACGAUCCCCUGUGCCGGCAUUUGUAACAAGGAGGACGCUUGUGUGCUUUUUGACAGUAAAGGUAACGUUUGCAACCUGUAUACCCUAACACUGCCAGCUGCCAUGCCCUGUGCCCUGGGGAAUGAAGGAACGCUUGCAUAUACAAAAAUCCUAUUGGGGGACUUAGCCCUUUACAAAAGAGUUAUCUACUCCUCCACAGUGCCAGACCACAUCGCUCCCUUCAGUGAUCUCACGAGCAACAAGACCACUUACCCUGACUAUCGCUACUGUCCUUGUACCACAGCCUUGGCAAACAGUUGGAUCCAAGUCGACCUGGGAAGGAGUUACAAGGUUUCUCGAGUUGACGUCACAGCGUCUUUCGGGCUACGAGAGCAAUACUUCAAAUCGGUCAACGUACACGUUGGUGAGACAGCAAAUAGUUACUAUGACCCAUUAGUGUAUGCAAAGGGUCCCACGCCACCGAACCCGUUGGAGCUGGUGAAAAUUGAUGUCGUAGGUACUGGAAGGUACAUGACGCUCCUCCAGCUCGAGGCAAGUUAUUUCUGUAUUUGCAAAAUCCAAAUCUACGGUUACUGAAGAGGAAAUCUUCCUCUUGGAGUAGUCGUCAUCUUUCUUCACUAAACUGAAGAUCACAAUUGGGUCCAGGAUCCCUAGGAGGAGAAGGUCUUCAUGUCUAUACUUAUUCACAACUGAAGAAGAAACCUCCCUUGCGGGUAAUUGUCUGUCUUCACUGAAUGAAAAACCACAAUCAGGCUUGUGGUCCCUCGAGAUGGUAUAGUACAAGCAUAUACAUAUAUCUUUCCACCUAAAGCAGAAACCUCAGGCUUGGGGUUCCUAUUCAAAUUUUCAACUGAAGAGGAAUCCUCCCCUGGGGUCCAUAGAGAUGGUAUACAAGCCUAUAUAUAUGUUUUCAACCACCAGCACUGUCCCAGCUUUUUGUCAACAUGUGCAACUGUGUCCAGUAAUUCCAUUAACGUCUUGCCCAUCACUUUUAUCUGAAAACUUGACAUGUAUGUGUAACUGUGACAAAAUAAAAGGCCUAUA